AUGCCUGGGGUAAUUUAUCUUGAAUAUGUGUACUACCUCGAGGUCGACAGCGCGCAGUCGGUCCGGACGCGUGGAGGCGGCCAACUGGAGGUUUUGCGCGGUGGUCAGCGCGCAGCCCCAGGUGUCGUCGACAUUGACCAUCAUGCCAAGACACACGGCGGCAUCGUGAAGAAUGCGGACCUUGGUGAGACCACUAAUGCGCGAAAGCUUGAUAUUGACCCCUGUAAUUUCGGUUCCGUGGGCGGCUACGAGAUCGGCCAUGGUGAAGACACACUCUUUGAAGAUUACCGGCAAGCCAGUACGAUGACCCACUUCUGCACAGUCAGAAGGCUACCGGCAUGGCAGUUCCAGCGGAAGCGUGAUAUCCUGCCCUAA